ACAAGCUAUCAAAAUAAAAGCUCAUCAUUACUCUCUCUUUCAAGCAACACCAAAAGAUAAACCAACAAACAACAAUGGCGGAUCAUCAAGAAGAAACCAUAAACACAAUAUCUCAACACCAAGUCUUCCCUUCCAAACCCAUCACCACCACCACCUCACUCCCUCUCACCUUCUUUGACCUUGUAUAUCUCCACGCCGGCUCUGUUCACCGUCUCUUCUUCUUCUCCUUCCCUCACUCCACCUCCCACUUCCUCUCUUCCUCCCUCCCAACCCUACUCUCCAAUCUUUCCCACUCCCUUCACCUCUUUCCUCCUCUCUCCUCCCAUCUCUCCCUCUCCUCCACUCCUCUCCAACUCAUCUCCACCCCCACUGACUCCACCCCUUUCACCAUCUCCGAGUUCACCGGCGACCCCAACAAGUUCCACCACCUCAUUUCCGACCAUCCUAAACCUCGCUCCCUUUUCAAACCUCUUCUCCCUCUUCUCCUUUCUACCGACCCUAACAAACGUCCAUUAAUGGCUUUGCAAGUCACCAUCUUUCCCUUUCAUGGCUUGUGCUUAGCCAUGGCGAUCGACCACGUCGUCGGAGACGGUGCCAGCUUCAAUCAUUUCCGUAAAUCCUUCGCCACCGGCUCCCUCUUCGGCCCUCCUCCCGUCUUUGACCGCACACUCAUCCCCGACCCAUCCAACAAGUUAUACUCCACCUACUUAAAUUUUUACCUCAAAUAUCAACCACAAUCAUACCUCACUUCGCCGCAGGCCGAUGAAGAUAACUACAUAGCCACGUUCACUCUCCGGCGAGAACACAUAGAGAAACUCAAGCUCAAGCAGAUUCACUGCACCACGUUCGUAGUCUCAUGCGCUUACGUAUGGGUUUGCAUGGCUAAAGCUAAUGCAUGGCCGGGAGAGAGAACAUCACACUUCUUCUUCGCCUUUGACUGCCGGUCUCGUCUCCGGCCACCGCUGAGCUCGACGUACUUCGGGAACUGCUUGCUUGGUUGCUUUAUUGAACUCAAAGUCAAGGAGCUCGUCGGAGAAGAUGGAGUCACGGCGGCGGCUAAGGCCAUUAAGGCCGGAAUCGAAGAUUUGGAAGAGCGUGGAGUGCUGAGUGAUGCAGAGGGGAUGAUGGAGAAGGUGAGAGCUUUGCCAAAGGAUCUGACAUUGGUUGUGGCUGGAUCACCGAGGUUUAGGGUUUAUGAGACUGAGUUUGAGGGGUGGGGAAAGCCAGUGAAAGUGGACACUGUUUUAAAGAGCAAGAGUGGAGCCCUUUGCAUAUCGGAGAGUAGAGAUGGAGAAGGUGGUGUGGAGUUUGGUUUGGUUCUUUCACUGCCUUUGAUGCAUCAGUUUACUUCUUGUUUUGAUGAUGGUCUUCGUUUCAUUUGAUUUUAUUGUUUUGAUGAGGUUUAAUGGAAGAAGAAGAAGGAGAAGAAGAAGAAGAAGAGGUUUGUCAACCCUUGAAUCCAUGAUGGAGAUGUCAUAAUAAAAGAAAUGUUUGUGGAGUGAUUUAUGAAAGUUCUUAAAAAUAAAUUAAUAAAUUAAUAAAAUGAAAGCAGCUUCUCUUGUUCA